UUUUGCCUCCGCCUGCGCAAUCGCCGACCCGGUCCAUGCGACUGCUCCUCCUAACGUCUGCGCUCGUCGCCAUGGCCUCGGCCGCCGAUACGUCGGCGAGCCUCCUGCCGUACAACGCCCAGGCCGAGAGCGGCUCGUGCCGCAUCACGUCGCCGUCGGGCUCGAAGAGCACCAAGUAUGCCUCCAUUCCUGGCAAGGUCAUGGCCACCUGCGGCCGCUGCGUCCAAGUGACGUGCAAAGAUGCCAACUGCAACGCCGGCAGCUCGGUGGUUGCCUACAUUGUCGACACGUCGGCGUCGACCAACAUUGGCCUCUCGCCCGGCGCGAUGCAGGCGCUGACGGCCAACACGGUCAACAAUCCGCUUUCCGUCACGUACAAGCUCGUGACGUGCCCGACCGAGUUUGUGCCGGGCAACAUUCAAGUGUGCACACAAGAAGGCGCGGGCAACUCGUACCUCCCGCUGCAGUUUACCGACUCGUACCGCGUCGUCACGGGCGCGUCGAUCAAUGGCGUGGCCAUGUCGCCCUCGGACGCUGGCUUUUUCUACAUUGACAAAACGAGCCGAAGCGACUUUAACAACAUCCCAAUCACGCUUUCGUCGGGCGCGGUGACCGUCUCGGGCACGGUCUCGUUCCCGGCGUCGGCGUCGUCGACACGGACGUGCGUCGACUUUGGCGCCCAGUUUUCAGUGCCCACCGACAGCGCCGGGUCGAGCGCAGACCCGGUCGACCCGUCCAAGCCGGGUACCUCGGGCUCGGGCUCGAGCUCGUCGUCGCUGGUGGUGCCGAUCGUGUGUGGUGUGGCCGGUCUCCUCGUCGUCAUCGGUAUCGUCGUGUGUGUGAUUCGCCGUCGCCGCGCCAAGGAGGACGAUGAAAUGGACAAUUACGAAAAUGGCCUUGGCACGGACCACUCGGUCGUGCACAAGGACCACGGUCCGGUCAAGAAGGACCCGACGCCGCCGCCGCCGCCGCAAGGACCCGUCGUGCCGCCCUCGACGACCAACGAUUUUCCCGCGUCGACGACCGCGGCCUAUGCGCGCAUGGACUCAGACCCGCCGGCCCCUAAGACCUCGCUGUACACGCCGACGCCCACCUACACGCCGACGCCCACCUACCCACCGGUCCAAGCACCGGUGCAGUCGCCGCAGCCUCUCUACUCGGCGCCGUCGCCGGCGUACGUGGCCCCCUCGCAGCCCACGUACGUCGCUGCCCCGGCGUUUGUGCCGCCGCCGCAGCAAGCGUUCACCGCGCCGGUCGUUCCGGAGCGCCAGCCGUCGCUGCACUCCAAGGCGGCGACGCGCGCGUCCCAGACAGCGGUCACGUCGCCGGGUCCGCAGUCGUACUCGGAGAUGUUCAACGACCGCGGCACGUACGUCCGGCCGAGCGCCCGCGACGAGCGCAAGAGCUUUGACAUCGACGAGGAGCGCGACGACGAUGCGCCGGUGCCGCCGACCAACCCGCAUUUCGACCCGAACGUGCUCACGUCGCCCGAGAGCUACGUGCGGGCGACGCAGAUGCCGCGGAAUGUGCGUCCGCAGGCGCCGACGUUCAACGCGCCGGAGCGUCCGUCGAUGCACGAGAUGCGCCAGACGUCGUCGUCGUCGGGGGCGGGCUACUCGCGGGACUCGCUCAACUUGCUCGACUAUUCGCGCAACAAGAAGCAGGGGUCGUCGGCAGUCCAAUUUUAGGCUUUUGUUGUGUGUUGUUAGACCCCCAUUUUUAUCUCUCCAUGUUGCUUCUUCUAUAAGUCUGACGACAGACCGAAUGGCAACAUACUUUUUCCACGCAAUUUACGCCUAUAAUACCAAGCCAGCUCGGCUGGAAUAAGCGAGCACUAAG